CCGCCGCCUCCGCCGCGCGGCCCUCCGGGAUGCAACCCGGGCUGUGGAGGUGACCUUUGACCCGCUGCCCCAACGCCAACGCCAACGCCGCCAUGGACGAACAGGAGGCGUUAAAUUCGAUCAUGAAGGACCUGGUGGCCCUCCAGAUGGGCCGACGUCGACUUCCAGCCUUCGAGGCCAUGAAGAACAAAGACGGCGGGCACCCAAGCAAGCAGAAAAAACACAGCCCCUGCAGCCCAGGCCUUGGGAGCGGCACCACCAUAACACCAAGCCCUUGUGCCGGAGCCAGCAAGGAGAAAAAGAUUUCGGCCGACGUGAGGAUCAAGUUCGAGCACAGCGGGGAGAGGCGAAUCAUCCCCUUCAGCCGGCCCGUGAGCUAUGAAGACGUGGAACAGAAAGUGAAGACGGCCUUCGGGCAGCCCCUGGCUCUCCAUUAUAUGAACAACGAGCUCUCCAUCCCGCUGAAAAACCAAGAUGACCUGGAUAAAGCCAUCGACCUCUUGGAUAGAAGCUCAAGCAUGAAGAGCCUUAGGAUACUGCUGCUGUCCCAGGAGAGUAACCAAACCGGCUCCUCUCCCCACCCCGGGGGGCCCAAGCAGGUGCGGAUCAAGGCCUCCCAGUCUCUGGCGGACGUUACCACGGUGUACCAGCCCCAAGAGCCCAGAAGCAGGCACCUCUCUGUCAGCUCCCAGAACACAGGCCGCAGCUCUCCUCCCCCGGGCUACGUCCCCGAGCGGCAGCAGCGCAUUGCCCGCCAGGGCUCCUACACCAGCAUCAACAGCGAGGGCGAGUUCAUCCCGGAAGCCAACGAGCAGUGCAUGCUGGACCCCCUGAGCAGCGCGGAGAACUCGAUGUCCGGGAGCUGCCAGUCCCUGGAGAGGUCAGCGGACAGUCCUUCCUUCCGGAAGUCCCGGAUGUCCAGAGCCCAGAGUUUCCCGGAUAACAGGCAGGAAUGCUCCGAUCGGGACUCGCAGCUCUAUGACAAGGGCGUGAAGGGCGGCACCUACCCAAGGCGCUACCACGUGUCUAUGCAGCACAAGGACUACAAUGACGGCCGGAGGACGUUCCCCCGGAUACGGCGUCACCAAGGCAACCUGUUUACGCUGGUGCCGUCCAGCCGCUCCCUGAGCACCAACGGGGAGAACCUGGGCCUGACAGGGCAGUACCUGGACCCCCGGGGCCGCCUGCGGCCCGCCGACAGCGAGAACUCCCUCUCGGUGCAGGAGAGGAACGUGCCCACCAAAUCCCCCAGCGCCCCCAUCAACUGGCGCCGGGGGAAGCUACUGGGCCAGGGGGCUUUCGGCCAGGUCUACCUGUGCUACGACGUGGACACCGGGCGGGAGCUGGCUUCCAAGCAGGUCCAGUUUGACCCGGACAGUCCCGAGACCAGCAAGGAGGUGAGCGCCCUGGAGUGUGAGAUCCAGCUGCUGAAGAACCUGCAGCACGAGCGCAUCGUCCAGUACUACGGCUGCCUGCGGGACCGCUCCCAGAGGACCCUCACCAUCUUCAUGGAGUACAUGCCGGGGGGCUCGGUGAAAGACCAGCUGAAGGCCUACGGCGCCCUGACGGAGAACGUGACGCGGAGAUACACGCGGCAGAUCCUGGAGGGCGUAUCCUACCUGCACAGCAACAUGAUCGUGCACCGGGACAUCAAGGGCGCCAACAUCCUCCGCGACUCAGCCGGGAACGUGAAGCUGGGGGACUUCGGGGCGAGCAAGCGGCUGCAGACCAUCUGCGUGUCCGGCAGCGGCAUCCGCUCCGUCACCGGGACGCCCUACUGGAUGAGCCCCGAGGUGAUCAGCGGCGAGGGCUACGGCAGGAAGGCCGACGUCUGGAGCCUGGGCUGCACCGUGGUGGAGAUGCUGACGGAGAAGCCCCCUUGGGCGGAGUACGAGGCCAUGGCCGCCAUCUUCAAGAUCGCCACCCAGCCCACCAACCCGCAGCUGCCGCCCCACAUCUCCGAGCACGGCCGGGACUUCCUCCGGCGAAUCUUCGUGGAGGCGCGGCACAGGCCCUCGGCCGAGGAGCUGCUCCGGCACCACUUUGCCCAGCUCGCGUACUGAGGCUGGCCGCCGCCGACCGAGGCCGCCGCCGCCGCCGACCGAGCUCCCGCGGCCGUCGGGCCCGGAGGGGGGACCGCCGCGGGGACCGAGUCGUCCGACCCGCAAGCGCGAGGCUCGCCUGGGCCGGGCCGCGGCCACGCCGCGCUCCGGGCCCGUGGGCCCGCCGGACUCGCAGUCCGCUCUGGGGAGGCGCGCGGAGGAAGGACGCCCACCCCCCACGGACCCCGGUCCCACCGGCCGCGCGGGCCGCGCGGUGUUACUUGUCUUCUGGAGAAGAACCCGGGGGGUCACAGCCCCCCCAGGCCGCGGAGGGGACGGGAGAGGAAAGGAGGGGAUCGGCUCCCGUCCCCGCUCUCCCCUCCCUACCCCUCCGCUGACCAAAGAUGAACGGAAAAAAGUCUCGGCUGCCUUAUUCAGGGAAGAGCUGGCCGGGCCCGGACGGGGCGGGCAGAGCCCGGGAGGCGACGCGGGGUGGAGGGUAGGGGCCGGGGGAGCCAGAGGCCUGGCCAUGCUGUCUUCCCUCCCCUCUCCCCGCACCUUGGGGGGCCCCAGGGUGUCGGGGGGAGGCAGAGGUCACGCU